AUGUCUCUCUGUCGUCUGCUACUCCUCCGCUCCAUCCGCCGCUACUCCUCCGCCCCCAACCCUUUCCCCUUCCAUUCCCCCUCCGCCGGACAAACGUUCGAUUACCCUUCCCAAAACUCCCAAUACGACCACCACAAUCAGUCCAAUAACUACCAAAAUUCCCAGUUCACCGCCCCCGGCGGAUCGAAUUACCGAUACGACUCUCAAAUCCCGGCUGCCGCCGACGCUUCAUAUUCUCAGCACAAUCCCCAAGAUCCCAUCCCAGGAUCGAAUUACCAGCACAAUCCCCUAAAUCAGACACCGCAAUCGUCGUAUUCCCAGCACAAUCACCAAGAUCCAAUUCCAGGAUCGAAUUACCAGCACAAUCCCCCAAACCAGACACCGCAAUCGUCGUAUUCCCAGCACAACCCCCCGCCGCAGUCGUCGUAUUCCUACCAGAGCAAUCCCUUCCUCAACACCCAUACGUCCGCCAACAACCCCCAGUUCCCAUCCUCCGCCGCCCCUUUCGUAUCCCAGCGAUCCCACGGCUUCUCCUCCGCGGAGGAGGCCGCCGCCGAGCGCCGCCGCCGCAAGCGGCGCCAGCGCAUCGAGCCCCCCCUCCACGCCCUCCGCCCUAAUCCCCCUCCACGGGCCUCGCCCGACGAUCCCAACAAGCCCCGCCUCCCCGACAGCACCAACGUCCUCGUGGGCUCCCGCCUCAACCUCCACAAUCGCGUUCAGUCUCUCAUCCGCGCGGGCGACCUCGACGGCGCCUCCUAUGUGGCUCGCCAGGCUGCUUACAGUCCCUGGUCCCACCGCACCACCGUCUUCACCUGCAACGCCAUCAUCGCCGCCAUGUGCCGGGCCAGCCGCUACUCGGACGCUCAAGCCCUCUUCCAGUACUUUUUCCGUCAGUUUGACAUUAUCCCAAACGUAGUCUCCUACAACAGCCUCAUCCUCUCUCACUGUGACUCAGGACAGGUGGACGAGGCCCUCUCUGUCUACCGCCACAUGCUCGAGCAUGCCCCCUUCAGCCCUUCCUCCUUCACCUUCCGCCACCUCACCAAGGGCCUUGUCCAAGCUGGCCGCAUAGACGAUGCCCUCAGCAUGCUCCGUGAGAUGAUCCACAAAGGCCAAGGCGCCGACUCACUAGUCUUCAACAACGUAAUUCUCGGCUUCUUGAACCUCGGCCAACUGGACAAGGCAAACGAGCUUUUCGACGAGUUGAGAGAGAGGUGUGCCGUGUAUGAUGGGGCCGUGAGUGCCACUUUCAUAGACUGGUUCUUCAAGCAAGGGAAGCCCAAGGAAGCCAUGGAGGCUUACCGAGAUUUACUCUCGAGGAACUACAUUAAAGUGCCUGUCUCGCGUAACGUGAUUCUCGAGACACUGCUGAGGCACGGGAGGAAGAAAGAGGCGUGGGACAUGUUCCACGUGAUGCUGGACGAGCACACGCCGCCCACAGUCAUGGCGGUCAACUCGGACACGGUCAACAUGAUGGUCAACGAGUGCUUCAAGGAAGGGAAUAUUGAAGCAGCUAUCGAUGUUUUCAAGAGGUGCGGGAAGGGGGUCAAAUCGAAGCCCUUCCAGAUGGACGUGCCCGGUUACAACAACAUGAUGAUGAGGCUGUGUGAGCUUGGGAUGGUUGACGAGGCUGAGAAGUACUUCACUCAGCUGACGGACAAGUCUUUGUCCCCGGAUGUGAACUCGUUCAAGACGCUGAUCGAGGCUUACAUAAAUGCAGAUAGGUUGGAGAAGGUUUUGGAGAAGUUUUCGAAGAUGGUGGAGGUUGGGACAGAUGGGCUGAGGGUCAUCCCUCCUUAUGCCAACAAGUGGUUUGGGUACCUGAUCGAGAAGGGGAGUGCUGUAGAUUGCGUGCCUAUUUUGUCGAAAAUGGCGAGUAGGGAGCCGAAGCCUGAUGUCACGACUUAUGAGGUCGUAACAAGGGGCCUUGUGCAGGGAGGUAAGUUUGAUGCUGUUGUGGAUUUGCUUUGGGGUAUGGCGGGCCAUGGUGUUGGGCUUUCUGCUUCACUUAAGGAGUUUGUGGUGGGGGCUUUUGAAGGGGUCGAUCGGCUGCGGGAGAUUGAGAGUGUUCUGAGCAAGUUUCAGAAUCAUUUUGUGCCCCAAAGGCCUCACCUUUUGCCGAGGGGCCCGCAGCUUCCGAGGUUAGACAAUGGAGGAUGGAAGCAGGAGAUGCCUUAUGUGAAUGAUUCUGUGGAACAUGCACGUCAACCAGAGUCCAUGCCGCAGCAGGAAAUGGAGUUUCAACGUGUGGCAGGGCAGAAUGUUGCUUGA